AUGGCCAUGCGAGUGCAGAACAUGAGGUGUGCUUGGGGCAGGCUUUGCCUGCUGCUCUCCCUCCUCUUCCAGCUGCCAGGCUUCCAGGCCAAAUGUUAUUUCCAGGCUAAAGCUCCCUGUGAGUACGAGGGGAAGCAGUUCUCCAUCGGGGAGUCAUGGCUGAGCACCAACUGCCUGCUCUGCACUUGCCUGCACCCUGUCGGCGUGGGCUGCUGCGAGACCACCCAGCAUCCCAUUGACUUCCCUGACUGGUGCGAGGCUCACUAUGACUCUCAGACCUGCCAGAUCUCAGUGGUGCAGAAGGCCAACCCCAGCCUGCCCUGUGUGAAGAGCAUAGAGCAUGAGUGGGGCUCAGAUGGCACCUCUGAGCCGCUGAACAACAAGGUCCUGGGCAUGGGGCUGAGCAGAUAG